AUGAUAUAUGCAAAAGAUAAGUCAGUUGAACUUUUAUUUAUCUAUUGUCUGUCUAUCUAUAAUUCUAAUCUAUCUAUUUAUCUAUCUAUCUAUCUAUCUAUCUAUCUAUCUAUCUAUCUAUCUAUCUAUCUAUCUAUCAUCUAUUUAUCAAUCGACAGGUCAGCCAUUACACAUGAGGAACUCAAGAAUGCCGAGAAAGGAGAGGAUGACAACACUUCAUCUCAGACCAGCUCUGAACAAAGUGUGGGAGAAGCUGAAUUUGAAGAAGUGGAACUGAGACCUGUUACAGCAAAACCUGAUUGGGUGGCUCCGGAUAUAAGGUGGGCUGUACCUCCAAAUGCCCUUACAGUGACGCAUGUCAAUCAAACACAUGAUUUAGUGUUGAUGCAAAAGACAAUGAGUGUUGGUGAUGCUGCAUCACAGAGUUCAGAAGAAUGGCUUCAAAACCAUAACCUUCAAGUCUCACAACUGACCCUAAAGGAUCUCCUGGAUAAAGGAAAACUAACAUGGCCCAAAGCAGAAACAUCCAUUGGGACAGCGUCUUACCAAAUCCAGUUCGAUUCAUAUGAUCUCAAUGAGUUUGAAUACCAACUCAACAAAGCGAUUGAGUGCUACACUCAUCGAAUCAAGUGGUUGCUGCAAGGAAGCAGAAAAGUAUUUGGAUUGGUGAAAGGUAAAAGGGUUAUUGUGGUCAUUGAUUGUUCAAAUAUCAACACUAGUUAUGGCCGAUUGGAAACACUUCAAGAUUUCUUAAUGCAUCUUAUUGAUGAGCAGCUUUCCAAAAAGAGUGCAUUGUAUUUUACUGCCUUUGGAACAACGGCAGAACCUCUAUGGCCUGUUCUCAGAGAUGUCAAUGUACGCAUAAUCAAUGAAGCCAAGGACUGGGUCAAUCAUCUUCAUCCGAGAGGAGGCAGCAAUGUUUUACAGCUGGUCAGACAAAUAGCAAAAGUUGAAGGAGCAGAUUCAAUUGUACUAAUACUUGGCACAGAACCUGAUCAGAGUUCCAACAUUUUAAUCGAAUACAUUGAGCAAAUUUACAUUGGGAAUGAAAUCCCUGUUCACAGUGUCGCUUAUGAUUGUAGUAACCAACAAACCAAUAUCUUUCUGAAGAAUAUAUCUGAAAUGACUGGAGGUAGAUACCACUGCUAUGCUUCCACCUGUGAGGAACCAAUAUAUUCCAGCACAGACAUUAGUCUUCUCUUAAAAGAAGUACAGGCAGCACAAGAGACUAUCAGUAAAAUACAGGAUAUGAGACAAGGCAUGAUGGGAAAUGCUUUAGUCAGUAUCAUGGAUGAGAUUGCCUCUGAAGUACAACAAUUGCCACCAUCAAAGCUUCUACCCUGUCCCCCAGGACAUGACAGCCCUCUAAACAUUGAUAAACCUAAAUGUCAUCCUCAGUCUUCUAAUGAAUGGAUCAAACAACAUGGACUAAAAGCAAAACAACUGGAUCUCUACCAAGUCCUUGCUCCAAAUGCUUAUUCAUACCGUGAAGACUAUGUUCCUGUGAUAGGAAAGGCUGUACAAUCACAAGUACAUCAAAGAGCAAUGGUCCAGUUUCAGUGGUAUGAUGGUUCUACUAAAAAUGUCCAUGUCGACAUGGCCAAACUUUUUAACUACCAAAAGCAGCUUGGGGCAGCAGUCAAUUUGUAUGAACAGAGAAUUGAGUGGCUCUCUACAGGCAGUCGUAGAAUCUUUGGCACCAUUUCUGGCAAAAAUGUUAUAUUUCUUGUGGACAUCUCCAUUUACAACAUCAAUUAUCUCAUUCACAUACAGCAUUCAUUGCGUCGUCUUAUGGAACAGCAACUUGCUAACAAAGCCUAUUUCAACAUCAUCUGUUUUGGUAACAAUGCCUUAGCAUGGAGCCCUAUUAUGAAGAAACCCACUAAAGAAAACUUGCAGGAAGCCUGGAGAUGGAUCCUAACUUGGCAAUGUAAAGGAAGUCGUAAUUUUCUCUCUGCACUGAGACUGGCUGUACAGAAUGAAGAAGAAAUAAAACAUGGAAUACAUCCUGACAAUCUUUACAUAUUCACGAGCGGAGUACCUGACCAGGCAGAGGAUAUUUGUGUUUCCUUUAUUGAGGAAAGUUGUGUUGGGCUGGGAACUCAAGUGCAUACAUCUCUUUUCAAUGUGGAAGACUAUGACAAAAAUGGCGCUAUACCUGGCAGGUAUGCGAGUAUUACAAAGACUGCAGAAUGCCUACGAAAUAUGGCUCACUGUACUGGAGGACGUUUCCAUUGGUUCCGUGAAACAGGAAUUAUUGAAAGUGAUGAUAUUCAGUGUAUUGUGUUGGAGAUUGAGAAGGCCUUGGAUUUUUCAAAGAAAUCCUCUAUCUUAACAAAAACUGUAAAAAAUAAAUACCAAAUGAAACAGAAUCCCAAUGACUCUAAGCUUUUUUUAGCUCUACCACCACCUACACCAGAAAGAAGAGCUGUGUCCUGUGUCCCUGCCAUGUUAGAUGAUAGCAGCCAGGCAUCUGAAAAAAUUAAAUUUGGAAAAAACAGGAAAAUACUUCUGACCAAAAUUGGAGAAAAAACAUUUAAACCAUCAAGUCCUGUUCAUAAAAAAAAAUUCUCCAUAAAAAAUAAAAUGACCAGUAAAGAGGCACAAAUGAUCACCUCGAGUUUCUUUUUGGAGGAAAAAGGUGCUAUUGGGUCUGUUAUCAAAAGGUUUCCAACUCCCAAACCCAUGAAGAAGUCUUUCAAGCUUAUGGCACUGACAGGAAUUGAGGAUUAUGUUAGCACAAAAGAGUGGCUUUUGAGGUUUAGUUUAAACAAACUGAAAUUAAAUCUGGAUAAAUUUGUUUCUGGACCUGCCUGCAAACAUGAUGAAACUUGUGUGAAAAUUCUUCACAAACCAAUCACUGCAAGGUAUUGUAGUAUCUUUCCAAGCAUCAAUGUCAAAGGAACAAUUCGACAUUUACAAUUAUUACCACCUGAACUCAAAGAAUAUAGUGAAGAGAUAAAACAAGUACUUCAACAUUACCUAAAAAGACUGCAGUGGUUACUCAGUGGAAGUCGUCGGGUCUUUGGCACCAUUAUCCAUCAAAACUGUACUUUUCUCAUUGACACAUCUGGUUCUAUGAACCCAUAUCUUGAUGAGUUAAAGAAAGAAAUAGUAUCUCUGAUCUGGGAACAGCUUUAUGCCAACAAGAUAAAUUUUAAUUUCAUUGCCUUUUCGGACAGCUGCAAAAAGUGGCAGCCGACAAUACAAACUAUGAGUGAGGAAAAAUGCCAUGAAUCAGUGGAAUGGAUUUCUAACCUUGUUGCAUCUGGGAACACAUGCACAUUGGAAGCCUUAGAAACUGCAUUCUUGGAUGAUUCACUUGAAGCCAUUUAUCUGUUGACAGAUGGAAAACCAGACACAAGCACUGCUCUUGUUCUUGAGCAUGUUCUAGAAAUGAAUGAAUCUCAUCACAUUCCUAUAACAACAAUCUCUUUCAACUGUUCAGACAGUGUUGCCAACAAUUUUUUGAAGCGUCUUGCCCGAGAGACAGCAGGUAGAUAUCACAAGUGCCAUGGACACUUUAACAUCCAAAUGUUUAUUCAUAAAUUAUUGACAGAAGGAUUCAAAGACACGAAUUAUCCCCACCUUCCUGAGUUUGAAGGAGAUGAUCUACUAAGACUAAUCAAAGAAAUUAAACUAGCCAGAAUUUUCUUGUCACAAUCAAUAGCUUACAGGUAA